AUGAUGCUCAAGGAUCUGGCAGCAAUUCAGCAGCAGCACCACCACCACCAGCAGCUGGCCGCCGCCGCCGACGAGAACAUGUCUAACCUGACCUCCGCCUCCGGCGACCAGGCCAGCGUCUCGUCCCACCCCGCCCCGCCUCCCGCCAAGAAGAAGCGCAGCCUCCCUGGAAAUCCAGACCCGGACGCGGAGGUCAUCGCGCUGUCGCCGGGGACGCUGAUGGCGACGAACCGCUACGUGUGCGAGGUGUGCGGCAAGGGGUUCCAGCGCGACCAGAACCUGCAGCUGCACCGGCGCGGCCACAACCUGCCGUGGAAGCUCAAGCAGCGCAACCCCAAGGAGGUGGUGCGCAAGAAGGUGUACGUGUGCCCGGAGCCUGGCUGCGUGCACCACGACCCGGCGCGCGCCCUCGGCGACCUCACCGGCAUCAAGAAGCACUUCAGCCGCAAGCACGGCGAGAAGAAGUGGAAGUGCGACCGCUGCGCCAAGCGCUACGCCGUGCACUCCGACUGGAAGGCGCACUCCAAGGUGUGCGGCACGCGCGAGUACCGAUGCGACUGCGGCACCCUCUUCUCAAGGUUCCCAGUUCCCUUUCCUUCCCACGUCGCCCAUGGCCAUGGUCCUCCCUAUGUAUCUGCCUUUACGGUGCUUGCAGUUGCAAUUAAUGAAAUGAUCGAUGUGCAUGGUCGCGUCGCGUGCAGGAGGGACAGCUUCAUCACGCACAGGGCCUUCUGCGACGCGCUCGCGGAGGAGAGCGCGAGGGCGGUGACCGCGGCGGCUGCAGUCGUCGCGGGCCAGCACCACCCGGGGAUGCUCUUCUCGCAGGCCGGCGGCGGUGGGGGCGGCGGCAGCGCGGGGUUGCACCUGCCGCCGGGCGUGCUGGACCCGUCGCAGACGCUGGGCGGCGGGCACGGCAUGUCCUUGCAAGAGCUGUGCCUCAAGAGGGAGCAGCAGCAGCAGCAGCAGCAGUUCGCCCCGUCGUCGUGGCUCACGGCGCACCAUCAGCAGGACCUAGAGCUACCCGGCGCAGGCAACUCGGCCCUGUUCGGAUCGGCGAGGCCGCUAGACCAUCGGGAGUACAUGGGGAGCUCCACGCCGGAGAGCACGGCGGGACUCAGCGGCUUCGUUGGGUUCUCGCCGUCCGCCGCUGGUGGAGGGGCGGCCUCUGCGCACAUGUCGGCGACCGCGCUGCUGCAGAAGGCCGCGCAGAUGGGUGCAACGCUGAGCCGGCCGUCGAACCAGGGACAGAUGGCGAGCACUCACAGCAGCACCAUCACCAAUGCUGGCACUGGCACUGCCAACACGGCAGCAGCUGCUGCUGCAAGCAACGUGCCUGCCACUGGCGCUGGUGCCCUCGGCUUCGGGGCACCUCAUCAUUUCGGAGCGGAGGAGAGGACCGCCAGGGCUGAUCAUCGCGACGCCGGCAACGGCGGCAAUGCCGCCGCCGGAGGCGGCAACGAAGGCUUCACCAGGGACUUCUUGGGGCUGAGGGCCUUCUCCCACGGCGACAUACUCAGCAUGGCCGGCUUCGAUCCCGGCAUGUCGUCGGCCUCGUCGGCGGCGUACGAGCAAGGGCACCACCACCAGAGCAGCAAGCAGUGGCAUGUCUAG